AUUAUCUGUUCUCAACCUCGAGAUACGCUCCGGCAGACGAUUUCUUCCAACAUUUCUUCGAUAGUUGAAAGACCCAGCAGCCGUCCGUCAUUGAUGUGUUUUGUGAAGUCCCUGUGAUUCUCCUCAAAAUAAAUAUGUGACAAAUUUUUCAGUGCGCUCAACUUUUUCAACGAUGUGAAAAUCCAAAAAUUCCAACAUUUGUACUCUCGCAGGUCGGCCACAUCGCACAUAAAAGCGGCUGACGCAGAAUAUGGGCCUGAAAGCAGCUGUCCAAGCUCUAAAAAAAGCAGAACCACUAAAAGAUAAAGUACAGCAGUGCAAGGAUCUCCUAAAUGAUAAUGAUGCCUGGGUCUGUCAGCAGCAACUUCAAAAGAUUUACCAACAGGUCCUUAUCUUGGACCUUGAAUAUGCACUUGACCGCAAAGUGGAACAAGAACUCUGGAAUCUUGGGUUCAAGAAUUACAUAGCUACCCUGCAGUUGCAAGCAAAAGACCGUAAAAAUCCAAAACGUGGAGAAUCCCAGGCUAUGUUGAGCUGGUGUCUCGAAGCUGCAAGCGGUUUCUAUUUAACUCUCCUCCAAGAGAUAUGCACUGCGUUUGAUCUGGAUUUACCAUUUCGACGCAAAAGCUAUGUGUAUGGCUGUACACCGCCAUGGAAAGCAGUAGAAAAACUAUCAGCCCCACAUAAAUCUUCCUGCUUCUACGCCUGCCAAUAUUGUCUUGUUCAUUUGGGAGACAUAGCUCGUUAUAGGAAUCAAAAUAGACAAGCAGAACUGUUUUAUAGACAUGCAGUUUCUCUGUCCCCGUCGAGUGGACAGCCGUACAAUCAGUUGGCGUUGUUGGAAGCAUCACGUGGUGACAAAUUGGGCACUGUAUUUCACUACGUACGAUCAGUUGCUGUGAAACACCCAUUUCCGGUGGCAACAGCAAAUCUUGCAAAGACCUUGUCGUCUGCUCUAAGUGAUACUUCCUUCAAUCCUGAAGGAAAAACAAAGUUGACAUCUCAAGAAUACAUAGCUGUUUUCCUAAAACUUCACGGAGUUCUCCACAAUUUGGGGGAAGUGAGUGUUGCCGCAAAGUAUGUGACCCUGCUUACUGAGACAAUGACUGCCCUUGUCGCAACAGAAAGCUGCAGCUCUUGGCGACUGGUACAAAUGUUAGCUAUUAAUCUCUACGCACUACAACAUGCAGCUGGAAAUACAGCUGACAGCACAGAUAUGUUAAAAGUAGAACACUUGAGCUCUGAUGAAAAGAUUGCUAGGAAUUGUAUUCUGGAUUUGAUCGCUGGCAGUCUUUCAGCUUUAUUAUUGCCAGUGUAUACAAUCAAAGGACCUGUUGUGGACUACUUUGCAUUACCGACAAUAAAAUUGUGCCUUGAGUGGGUUCGUGUUAAUCCUUUAAUUCUGGAAGAAGCAGCGUUCACAUCUAGACUCCAAAUUUGGCCCAGUCUCUGUCUGCUGUUGAAUGGAUUGCAACAGAGUAUCGGUGAUUUCAAGUCUGACCAAUAUGGAAAAGUACCAUUGCCGGAAGAUCGGGACCUCCAGGGAUUUUUGCCACUCCAGAAGGCCUUCGAACCUCUUCGAUUCACAAAUACGGAUCUAGAGGGUGACGUUAUAUCUUUGAACAAACUUCGAGCUAUACGUAUCUUAGAUUUGGGUCGUCAGUUGUCGGAACAACAAGUGAAUGGCACUACGUUGAUUUCUAUCAUAGAAGAUGAACAAGAAGGUCGUAACAAAUUUACAACAGGAAGUGAAGGAACUGGACUCAGUAAAGAACUAUUCAAGGAAUUAGAAGAACUAAGCUUGAACAAAGAAAAACAACCUUUAGGUAAUGCCAGUCCUGUCCCAUCAGAGUCAGCUAGUAGUAAAGGAUCUUGGGAAGCAGAUAUUCCUGAAUGUACUGUUGAAAAACGAGUGGGUAUACUGAAGCCCCAAGGUUCGCUAGAGCGCAGCAGAGAUUCAGCGACUAAUAGCAACGAAGGUACUAAUUUGGAAAUCAAUUCUGUCCCAUCAACUAGAAAACCAAGGCAAAAUGUGGCUAUGCAAGCAUUAAUGCGUCGCGCUGAAACUGAGCAGAAGCAGGUGACAUUCAAAAAUGUUUCUCCUGUAAUAAUUGAAGAGGAAAAUGCUAAGAUAAAGCCAACCCCUACCUCGCCAAAUAAAAAUGGGGUAAACAAACAUGUGCAGUUAAACUUACAAUUGCCGGGACAGAAUGGCUCACUAAAUCCAAAUCAGAACAUCAGUGGUCCGGCUCAUUCGAUAAAUAUUUCAUCGAAUAGAGCACCAAUUAUACAGAAUACUGCAAUUCCAGCACAAAAUCAACCUGCAUCUGUUCCAAAAGAAUCAAAGCUGAAACUUGAUAUCCCACAACCUGGACAAAUUAAUCAACAUCAGAUCAAUGAGCCACAGCACAAUAUAACACAAUUUAGUUACCAAAACCAAGGCGCAGGGCAGACUUCAUACCAAAAUCAACCAUUUAAUGUACAGAAUCCACAAUUUGGUAAAAAUUUCAUGGCGUUGGUACCAAAUAUGGCACCGUACCAAUUUAAUCUGCCUCAAAAUAUGACGAUGCAACAAACUUUGAAUCAGAAUCGAAUACCACAUCAAAGAAUUGCUCAAAACUUGUCACAGAGUGGAACUUUGCCACAAAAUUUGGGACAAAAUUCAGUUUCCCAACCAAAUGUUGGAACAAAUAUCUCGCAAAAUACUCCACUGCAACAGACCAUGAUUCAAAAUACUGGACUACAAUCGAACAUUGGACUCCAACCACCAAGCGUAGUUCAAAACAAUCUCAGACCCAAUGGACUAAAUUUGCAAAGACAAAUAAAAAUGCCAGUAUCUGGCAUCACCAAUGGGAUACAGGGUUUGCAAAAUUUGACAAAUUAUCAAAAAAGCUUCCAGCAGAAUGUCAACAUACCUAGCAUUUCAAGUGCCACUAUGAACCCAGCAAAUCUGUCAACUGUCCAAAACAUAAAUUACAAUCCAAAUUUUGGACAGAACAGUUAUAAUCAGAUGUAUCAAAAACAAAUAUCUCCAACCACUUAUACCAAGAGUACAGGGCAAUUCAAAUUUCCCAAUCAAGCCAGCACAAGUAAGGGUCAGCAAGCAUCUAACAAUUAUCAAAGAUUUCCCAGUUACGAAAACAAAGACUUCAACUUAUGGAAAGAUAACCAACCACCGCAACCACCAAUUGCUUGGUGGGGCAAUGCUGGAGCAUCCCAAAUUCAAACUAAAGAGAUGCAAGGUGACGUGUUCCAGAAUUGGCCUACAAGUCCACCAGGAUCAGGAAACAUGUUUAACACAGUACCGCUAACACCAGGAAAUAAUUACCACCAAAAUCCAAUGCUCGGAAGGCCGCCUUAUAACAGAAACAGCUUCGAAGAAGUUAGGUCAUACGAGGUGGAUCAGAAACAGCCGCAGUCGCCAGGGGCUGGAAAUACAUAUUCUCUAUUCAGUGGCAAUACAUGGGGAGCUGCACCCCAACAAAAUCCCACGAAUCAAGAUCAGGUGAAGAACAGGCUUAGCCAGCAAUCUCUUUGGUCAGGUCCUGGCCCUUCACCUUUGGAGCGUCUUCUAGAACAGCAAAAAUCACUACGCGAGGGUGGUACUUGAAGGAAAUGUGUUCGAAGCUAACGCAAUGUGGAACAAACCUAUUCUAUUAUCGAACACGCGGGCCAAGUAACUAGGCAUAAUCAAAGCAGUAAGAGCUACGGUAACAAAGGUUACACUCUGAAAAGUUACUAUAAACUUAUAUAAAUCUAAAAGAACAGAAAACUAAGAAACAAAUCCACUAACUUACUAGAGUUUUGGCGUGGAAUUAUAGAUCACUCGAAAGUUAGUACGGAAUAUGGUGGGAUUCGCUGAGAAUGCUACCGUUCAUUCUUAGAACUUAACCAUAGCUAUAAAAGCUGAAUCUGAGUACAACUCUCAAUUGAUGGGCGGAAAUGUCUUCACCAGCAAAGGAAUAAAGAUCAAUAAAAGUCGUCUUUAUCUCUUUGAAACCAACUUGAUAUGAUACAAUACUUAUUUCAACUAGCGAAUAAGCCCUGAAAAUGACGUUUCCUACGUCAGUAGAAUUAGUUGAAUGACUUGGGACUUGACUGCUGUUCACUAUGACCAUCUGUACAACAGUUAAAAUUACUUAUAAGUUAUCAGAGACAACUGCAGUCAGGCCAGUAAUCAGAUGACGAUAAACAUCAUAAGUUUUGGGGAGUCCACUACAAGGCCUCGACGUUAAUAUAGUAUCAAAAUAAAAUCUACCUAUAACCAAAGUAUUACAAAUAUGAAAGCGUAAGUAAUAUAAAAAAGCGUUCCGCUAACACUUUUUGGACAGAUAUGAUGUAAAUUAUAUCCUGUCGCAAAAGUCUAUUUUCAACUGAAUAUACGAUAGUGUAAUAUGUUUUGGUAUGUUGGAUCAGAAUGAUGAUUGCUUUCAUUACUACCCAGACACGAAAGCUAACAGUUAUCCUUAAAAUAGAAUUUGUGUGAAUUGCAAAUGAAAUGAAUUUUAUAACAUAACAGCUAGCGUAGCUGGAGACUGAUUCAUUAAAUAAAUCCCAAGCUUCAUUAGCGAAAAAAAGAAACUAUUUCUAUCGCCAUGAAGGCAUAUGUAGAAUAAUAAAACAUCGGCAUGAACGCAGAAUUGAUAUCUUAACGAUUAUGUUUUAAUGUUCAUCAUAGAGAAAUUUAUAGAUAUAUUGAAUUACCUGCAAAUAUAUUAUGUUGAAUAUGCAAAA